ACGCAAAACUCGUCAUCAAUUAGGCCGAAUAACUGUUUUUCGUUAGAGUUCAAGGCAUCUGAAUUUCCAUCGGAAAACUUAAUUUAUAAGUUUCUCUGGUUCUCAGAAGCGUGCAUGUGUGCAUUCAAUUUUCGUAGUCGAACAAUAAACCUUGUGAAAUCGUGUGCGAUGUCUCGGUCUCUCAUAUGUGUCGAAUUUCGUGAACUCUUAUAAGAAUAUUUUUAACUCCCCUGAAUCUCAGCUCAAUUCCGAAUCUUCCGACAUUUCACUAAUUGUGGGUAAUCUUUGAAUCCUGAAAAACCCAGUCAUUGUUUAUCUGAUUCAUGCAGAAAACCGUUACAGUGGCUGUAGAAUACAGACAUUGACAUUGCACAUGGUGUUAAAAAUGGGUUGAUGAUACACAUAUAUUAAAAAUUGAGUAAGAAAAUGUCACAACCUCCUAUUCCCUCUGCAAAUGGGUCCUCCAGGCCAACCACUGUCACGGCGGUCUGCCCCUUCACCUAUGUCUGGGCACCAUGUGAGCCACUCUCAUGGACAUCUUCACUCUUCACAGAUUCAUAGAAGUGGAGGCAGCAGCAAUCAUGUUCACAAUCAUAUUCACACAGAACUCGACUCAGCUUCUCAUAUUUCAUCUAGCCGAUUCGACAUUGACUGGGAAUCUAAAGAGCGAGAACUAGAAGAGGCACGAGCGCGAGCAGCUCAGAUGGAAAAAACAAUGCGCUGGUGGUCGGAUUGCACUGCAAAUUGGCGAGAAAAGUGGAGCAAAGUCCGAACAGAGCGAAACAGAUCACGUGAAGAAGCCAAAGUAUUAAGAACUAAAUUGGAGAUGGCGUUGAAGGAUAGUUCGGUAGUGCGGAGAGAAAAACAGUGUGUUGAACACGAGAAUGAGUUCCUACGUAGUGAGUUGGAGCGUUUGGCCCAACAACAGCAAGAAGAAGAUGGCCUAUCUGAGCGAAAGAGUCCUCAUUCGUUUAAUCCACGGCAUCAUCAUCAAGGUUCCUCCAGGUUAGGGACGCCAGAACUAUCUAGGGAGGCGACGAGUACUCCCAUCGAUGGCACAGACCCCAUACCGGCUUUACUCAGUUCACGCGAACGGUCCACUCCGAAUUUUAUUGGCAAUGGUUUCGAUGCUGAGGUUUUACCCUCCCAUUUCAGCGGAGCUGUACCUAAGCAAAUGCGGAAUCCUAUCGAAUCACUCGAGACGGAUGACAUUGAAUACUUACAACAAAAGUUGACGCACCUCAAGUUAAGACUAGAUGAGGCAGCCAAAACAAUCCAAGCAGAAAGAGAAGAAAAGAGCAGUCUCCACAAGGCAAUGGAGUCCAUGCAGCUAGAGCUGUUGGAUUUGCGUGGAAGAUUGGAAGAAUUGAAAUGCACGAAGCAGGAGGCGGAGCGGCAGCUGAUAUCAUCGCAAGAGAUUCAUCGUCAGCAGGUCAUAAGUUUACAGCAGGAUCGCCGAGAUGAAGCCAGUACACGGGAGACACUGGAUAGACGGUUAGCCGAACUCCGUGGAGAACUUGAGCGUUUACAGGCCGAAAAUGCUGCCGAAUGGGGUCGGCGGGAACGAGUCGAAACAGAGCGUCAGGCGUUGGAAAGAGAAAACAAGAAACUUCGAACAGCUCUGUCCGAUUUGCAAGAACGUUUGGAGAAGAAAUCUUUCGGCUCUUCAUCCAGUUCGGGCAGUGGAGGUCAUUCGGGCUCUGUGGCAGAUUCUGAAAUGAGUAAAAUACAUGAAGAAUUAGAAGAGAAAAAUAAAGAAUUGCUUGAGUUAAGACAUGCUCAUAAUAAACUGAAGAAGGCAUUGCAGGAUCGCUCGGUGGAACUAGGACAUGGUUUACGCCGAGCUGAACAUUCAGAAGCUGAAGUCCGUCGUUUGCGUUCUAGAAUUGAGGAAUUAAAACGUGAAGUAGCUGCAGCUCAAGACGAACUCGAUGCGGCAACUAACAACGUUCGGAAACUUCAAAGAACAAAUGAAGAAUUACAAGAGCAGGUGGAUGGCCUUCAGAUACAAGCCACACAUUUACAGACCAGGUUACGAAACAGCAACAAUGGUAGCAGUUUCCUUCUCCACAGAGAGUGUGAAUUAUUACAAGAUACCCUGAGUGAGGAUGAAAAUAAUGAAUUCUGAGAACAUUGUCUGAGCUGUCAGAUUGUUGCCACACAGUAUUCAGAUCCCAAAUUUUAAUAAGUUAAAAAAGUAUACUCAUUUCACUUAUCACCUACAACAGUACUUGCUUGCAGCAGUUGAAAGUAGAAUUUCUAAUGGUUCUUUCUCUUGCUUUUGGUUAUUCUAUUGUUUGUAAGAGAUGUAAAAAAUCCUUUAUUAAACAACGUUUUUGCUUAAA